AUGGCCAAGGGAUCGCUCAUCGCGACAUCAAACUCUCCAACAUACUCGCCAGGUCAAGCUAUCCGCAACCGUGGUGCAUUGCCGUUGCGGAUUUCGGAGCUGCCAAGUCAUUUGUUUUUGACGGAGCUCUCAGGUCUCGAGUGGGCACGCGUCCAUACACCGCCCCUGAAGUGGCCCUCAACAUACAUGGUUAUGGCCUCGAGUCUGAUGCGUAUUCGUGCGGCAUGGUGUUAUUUUACUUGGAAUCUGGGUCUUGAGGCCUACCACUUCGCCCAUAUGCCCACGUCUCUUGAGGAGCAUAUCCGAUACCGAUCUCUGAACUGGAGUCGCCUGGACCAUCGUGGCCUAGAUGCAUCUUCCGAGGGGAGGCAGAUUCUGACACUCUUGAAACACCUCCUGCACGACGCGCCCGCCUCGCGCCUCACAAUCGAAUCGGCACUCAACUCCAAGUGGGUUCAAAGCGCCCCGAUGGUACUCCUGCGCGAUCUGAAAGCUUCACGCACGCAACCUGGCCUGCCACCAUCCGAGCGGAUCACACGGGCGUGGAUAGACGCCGAAGAAGCUUGGGAGCGUGGGCUGGACGCUGCGGCGUAUACUAGCUAUGAUGCUCACGAUGGAGGCGAGCAGUCCUUCACCGUGCCUAACAUAGGCAGUGGCCCUGACCGGCGGGGCGCUCGGGUCGACCCACCUGCUAUGCCUGUCUCUGUAUGUCCCUCUGUCAAGACCAAGAUACAGCUCAAACCGAACCCGAUCAAGAAGACUCUCAGUGAGCGGUCAUUAGCUCCGGCCACUUCGGCCGUAGCCGCCCCACACCUCGACGCACCUCACAUCGAUACACCCCCCCUCGAUACACCCCUUCCCGACGCAGCUGCUCCCUCGCCUCAAGGACAGAUGCAGAGCCCGCCUCUCAGGCGUUCUUCUCGGUUGAAAGCGAAGACGGAUGAACGGAGGACUUAG